UGAACCUCAAAACCCAAACCUCUUCCUCUGCCAACCCAGUCAUCAAACUCAAACGUCUCUCACCGCCAGAACCAACACUCAUCACCAGCCACGUCCACUCGCCCAACGCACAGUGCCGCCUGCUACCACCAACACCAACAACUGAAGUCUCCCUCGCCAGACCACCGAAGCCCAACCUGACCACUAUUGGUUCACCACCAACCCCACUGAAAAACUAUCCACCUCGCAACGCCAACAACCCCUGUUUUUGUCACCACCCAUUCCCACCGCCCAGCCUAAAGAUCCUCCUCCUUCUCGCAGGUCAGCCGCACAUCAGUCAAUACAGGUCAUGUUAUGAAUUUUCAGUAAAAAAAAGUUGUUAUUCAAUGGUUGCGUUUUGCGGCGUGAUUCCUAUUCGGGGCAUUGAGAAAGUACCUUCCUUUUCUUCUUUUGUUGUUCAAAGGUCUUUUCGAAGUUCUUUUCACCAAAAUACAAAAGAAAGAAUUUGUUAUAAAUCUGUUGAUGUGGGUGGAAUCCCUUUUGGAAAUAUCAAACAGUCAUCAAGAGAAAAGAUCUCUCACAGAUGUUGGUGUAAAACGAAGAAUCAUGACAAUAGUUGUGACCAGGAAAAACAAAAUAUAUCUCAAGCUACCUUGAUAUGGAGGGCCAUCAAGUUACCAAUAUAUUCUGUUGCAAUUGUUCCUCUUACCGUGGCCAGUGCUGCUGCCUAUUUGGAAACUGGUCAAUUCAUGGUGAGGCGCUACCUUGGGCUUAUGGUCUCAUCAAUUUUCAUUAUCUCGUGGCUUAAUUUAAGCAAUGAUGUGUAUGAUUUUGACACAGGAGCAGAUAAACACAAGAAAGAGUCAGUUGUGAAUAUUUUCCAGAGUCGGACAGGAACCCUGGUUGCUGCCAAUUUGCUACUGGGUUUUGGUUUCACAGGUCUAAUUUGGGUAGCUUCAGUAGCUCGAAAUGUACGGUCAAUGUUGCUUCUGCUUUGUGCAAUCCUGUGUGGUUAUGUGUACCAGUGCCCACCUUUUCGAUUAAGUUACCAAGGGUUGGGAGAGCCACUAUGCUUUGCAGGUUUUGGUCCGUUUGCUACUACAGCAUUUUAUCUGAUGCAGGUAUCUUCAAGUAACUUGGGCUACGGUUGUCGUUUAACAAGCACUAUCUUAUCUGCAUCAGUACUUGUUGGUUACACCACCACUUUAAUCUUGUUUUGUAGCCAUUUUCACCAGGUGGAAGGAGAUAAAGCAGUUGGUAAAUUUUCACCAUUGGUCCAGAUAGGCCAGAAAACUGGAUCAAAAGUUGUUAAAUUCGCAAUAGUAGCACUAUAUGGUGCCCUAUUUGCUUUAUCGUUAGGAAAUGCUCUUCCCUUGACUUGCACUAUUUUGUGCGCGUUAACUAUGCCUAUUGGGAACAUGGUGGUGGGCUAUGUGGAUAACAAUUACAAUGAUAAUGAAAAGAUAUUCAUGGCGAAGUACAUUUGUGUUCGAUUGCACAUUUUAUUUGGACUGGCAUUGGCUGUUGGGCUGGUUGCAGCCAGAAGAUUUUUGAACUACAGUUCUAGAUUCAUAUUCCCUUGAUUAGUUCAUUGGAGAUGGCAUAUGGUGAUUAAGACAACAAAGUUUGCAGACUUCAAAUUGUUAGUCUCAAGCAGAUUGUUAGCUCUGCAAUUUUAGGACACAAAUUCCUCAGAGCAAUAUUUUUCUUCUAAAAGCUUCCGGAUGAAUUCUGAGGUGCUUUCUUAUCAUCAACGUCAGCUUUGAUACAGAUUUCUUUUUUAAUAUGAAGUUUUGUGAUUAGCUUGACGCAGGCCAUGUUGUAUUACAUAAUUUCUGAUAUUAUACAGUACUAUUGUUGGCCUUAAAGAGGCAUUUAUCUGUAUGUGGCAUUGCUUGUUAGGGUAAACAAACAUUUAGCAAAUUCCUUCAGAAUAGCUAAUAGCUCUUUUGUUGAGUACCUCUAAUGUAAAACGGUUGUUAUGAACUUGCUAACUGCACUUAGAUGUGGGAGCACCCAACCUUUAGCCAAUAAGUUGGUCUUGAUUCAGAAAUAAGAAGACUUUAUUUACUCAUUC